CUCAAAACCCUUGCAAAUGCAUGAUGAAAUGGUGAAUUCUGAUUGGAUGAGUGACACGCGGUUUCCUUCGUCAAUAAGAUUGAAACGGAAAAUCCCUAAUUCCCAAAUAUUGAUUUCCUGGAACCUUCCGCCCCUUGUUCCAUAUACAUAACCUCCCUCACAAAUCUUCUUCAAAAAACAACCCUUCUCCAUGUAAAUCUUUCUAUGGAAGAGCAAAUCGAUUGGGACAACCUCUUUGACUUUGAUGCCAGUUUCUCCGAUCCCUCCCCUAACCCUAUCCUUCCAAUUUCAUCACCAAAUCACGCCAACAGCCAGUCUCCUUUGUCUGUCGAUGAUAUCGAACAGUUGCUUUUAAACGAUGACGACGAAAUUCACAACGCUGAUGCGUUGAACUCGGUUCAGGAUGCGGUCGAUGUGUUCUUCCAUGAUAUUUUGCUUGAUUCGCCUUUAGACGUCGAAAAGUCCGGUGAAGUUGUCGAUAUUUCUGAUGGAGAUAAUUCGGUGGAGGAUCAGAACAACGAAGCUAUCGUUGAUCACAAAGAAGAAAAGGAGAAUUCCGAUGAUGAUCCCAAUGAUCCCCUCGACAAGAAGCGUAAAAGGCAACUGAGGAACAAAGAUGCAGCUCUAAGAUCUCGAGAGAGGAAAAAGAUGUACGUAAAAGAUUUAGAGAUGAAAAGUAGAUACUAUGAAGCGGAAUGCAAGAGAUUAAGUUCGAUGCUCCAAUGUUUCAUGGCAGAAAAUCAAGCACUACGUUUUUCAUUACAUAGUAGUAAGGCAUACAAUGCUUCCACAACCAAGCAGGAGUCUGCUGUGCUCUUAUUGGAAUCCCUGCUGUUGGGUUCCCUGCUUUGGUUGGUGUGCAUAGUUUGCCAGCUCGUUCUUCCCAGCCUGCACCUGCAAAAACCAGGGGCAGCUCAACUGGAAACCGUGGUAGAAGAAAAGCUACUACCAAAUCUGGUUGUAAGGAAGGAGGGAAGUAAAAUCUGUAGAGAGUCUCUUUCCCUUUUGGUGGGAAAAAGAUUCAAAUCUUCAAGGUCAAGGAUGAGAUCAAGCCUUUGUUCUCUAGAAUUUAUUUGUUGUUUGAUUGGGAUCAAGAGUUUUGUCCGGAAGGUUUGCAAAAUACACAGAUUGGGAUGGGCAAUGGGGCAUUGA